AUGGUUGUAAUGCAAAAAAUUCAAGAUAUAAUCAAUUCUUUGGAUGAAACUAAAUUACUCAGUUUACCAAAAUGUAAGGAGAAAUCGAUGAAAAUAGAAUUCGAGAGUUCGCAUGAUGGAAAUAUAGUAUACAAUGGCUCAGAACCACCAUUACCAUUUGCAGCCUCAGAAAUAUUUCUAGCUUCAAUCAAGAAAUGGAGACGUUUGACUGCCGACGAUGAUAAUUGCAAAGCUGUAUAUGAAGUUUCAUUUAAUAUUGAAGGUAGUAACUUUGAUUUCAGACCUGGCGAUACAGUAGGAAUUAUUCCCCGGAAUAAUAAAUCAGAAGUAAUGGAUAUUAUCAACCAUUUAGGCUUGAAAGAUGUUGUGGAUCUAAAUUACAAUCUUAGUAUAGACAAGAGUCAAAAAGGUGUUAAGAUUCCACCACAUAUACCUGUUAAGUCAACACUAAGACAUGUUCUCACUAAUUGUGUUGAUCUUAGAGGAAUUGUGAAAAAGUUAUUUUUACUCGCUCUAUCAAGGUACACUAAGAAUGAAUAUGAAAAACGAAUUAUGGAAUAUCUCAGUAGUAAAGAAGGAUCUUCCGAAUACACAACACAUAUCCUAAACAAAAGUCUUACUCUGAUUGAUUUAUUUAAAAUAUUCAAAUCUUGUAUGCCUCCAAUCGAAAUUAUUUUAGAACAUUUGCCGAGACUCUUGCCCAGACCAUAUUCUAUUGUAAAUAGCAAAUACAAUAAUCCUAACUUUUUAAAAAUAUGUUUUUCCGUAAUGAACAUUGGUAAUAAUAGAAAAGGUCUGACAACUGGCUGGUUAGAAGAGAUUAUUCUUCAGAAAUCUGAUAUUGAAGAUAAAAUGGAGCAAUUAAGUCUAAAGAAUAAAACGAUUGAAGUUCCAAUAUAUAUGAGAAAGAAUCUAAAUGGCUUUAAUUUACCGGAAAAUACAGAAACUCCUUUAAUAUUAAUUGGUCCGGGAACAGGCGUCUCUCCAUUUAUAGGAUUUUUAGAAGAAAGGGAACAUUUAUUAUUGAAAGAUUCGGAAGGAAAGUUUGGUUUCGUUUGGUUAUUAUUCGGCUGCCGAAACCCUGAACUUGAUUUCAUUUAUGAAGAAGAGCUUAAAAAGUUUAUUUCAAAAGGUGUUAUUAAUAAAUUAAGUACAGCAUUCUCGAGACGCGAAAACACAGAGUUUCGUUAUGUGCAGGACGCUAUAAUAGAAAAUGGCGAAGAAACUACAAAAUUAAUAAUGCAAGGUGCUUGUGUAUUUGUGUGUGGAAACACUAAAACUAUGGCGACCCAAGUGAAAGAUGCUAUUAUACAAUGUUUAGUGAAAUAUGGAAACAAAAGUAACGAGGAAUCAGACAAAUAUGUAUCUGAUAUGCAAAAGGAAAAGAGAUAUUUGAAUGAUAUAUGGAAUUAAUUUCAUAUGUAGCAAAUUGUAAAUAAAUAUAUUUAUUACAAAAA